AUGCAGGCAAUUUCAAACGAACCUGGCGCCAAUGAGGCUCAGUUAGUGUGCACAUCGUGCAAAACUCGAAAGAGGAAAUGUGACAAGGCCCUUCCUAAAUGUUCUCCAUGCUCUAAAAAGAGAUUGAAGUGCGAGUACUUGCAGCCCGUUCCAAACGGCGAUUCAACACAAACGGAUCAACCAUGGCAUAGCAUCUCCAUCGUUAACGAGAGUCAGCAUAAUUCUCGGGCCAUUGACUUUCCCACUAUGCUGUUUCUGGACCCAACUAUCUUACAGCAGAGUCAAGUUGAACUUUACCAGACUACCUUUCACAUCCCCGGACAGAUCCUAGGCUAUCUAGGAGACAUGGACGACAUUCGCAACAUCGCAUCCAAAUUCUUCACACACGUACACGUGUGGAUGCCAUUUAUCUCAAAGAAACGUUUCUACGAAGUAUAUCUACCAUCGUACUCCAAAUAUCGACCCGAUGUAACUCUUUUAUUUCUUUCUCUCAAACUUUUAACAAGCUCUCCUCCCCGUGAUCCGCAAAAUCCUCAGACACGACUUUAUCGUGCUGUCAAGCAUUUUUUGGUUGAAGUUGAGGACUCCACUGUCUUCUCUAUUCUAGUCCUUCAGGCAGGGGUACUUUUGGCGCUUUACGAGCUUGGGCAUGGCAUAUAUCCUGCGGCAUUUUUAACUAUCGGUGCAUGCGCUCGUUAUGCUUAUGCUCUUGGGAUUAAAACCAAGACAGCGGCAAGCACAAGACGAGUCCUCACUUUGGUAGAAGUCGAAGAGAGAAAAAGAGUGUGGUGGGCUCUAGUGAUCUUAGACCGUUUUGUAAGUAUUGGGUGCCCUGGAAGACCAUUUGUGACAGAGGAUCCUACAUUGGACGAUUUAUUCCCCAUAGAUGACGAAGCAUGGGAUAAAGGUAUUGUGCGCCUGGAAGAUUCUUUUACACUUUCUGCGCCAAAGGCUAGCCACAUGAGUAAAUUUGCUCUACUAUGUCAAGCUGCGAGAUUGCUGGGCCAAGUUUUACAUCACUUGUCUAGUAACUCAGUUGACUCUCAUGACGCCUGGAUCCAAUUAGAACGAACUAUUCAAUCUAUGCUUGCCGCUUCGCUGGACUCAGAGAAUCCAGACAAUGACCAAAUUGCAUUCGUUUAUAGUACUCUAGUUGCGCUUCAUACACCAUGGCUUUCUCCUGGCCCGGGCAUGGCAAUCAUGGACGCGGAACGCUCUAACCACGCCAGAGAGGUGAUUCAGCAAAUACUCCACAAAGUCAAAACAAAUCUCGUAGAGCAAAAGUGCUUCCUGGCUCGUGACCCUGACGAUAUAUCGCCAUGGGGACUCUUUUUCGCAUAUCGACUCUGUGUGGAUCACAUACGUUCUGGUGAAAGGGCGUCGGGCCCAGACUUUUCUGAAGUUAUCAAAAGCUUGAAAGAGACAUUCGUUACAAUUGAUGCUAGGUGGAAUGUUGCAGGUGUCUAUCUAAAGUUAUUAGAAGCGCAAGAAGCUACCAGUUACUUUUAA